CCUAGUUCGCUCGUGCACAUCUCUGACGAUCCCAAUUCUAAAAUCAUAACUUCUUCCAAUCUUUUCAACAUCUUAAGAAACUACAAAAACGAUACAGAAAAUAACAAAACAAGAGACUCCUUCUUUCUUUUCCUUUGUACAAGAUAACAUAAAUUCAUCACCGUUUUGUUUGUUUAGCCGAUGGCAACUUCCGGUAACGGUACAACGGCAGGGACAGGUUCACCGUGUGGUGCGUGCAAGUUCCUGAGGAGGAAGUGUGCAUCGGAUUGUAUAUUCGCACCUUACUUCUCAUCGGAGCAAGGAGCAGCAAGAUUCGCAGCUAUUCACAAGGUGUUUGGAGCCAGCAACGUGUCUAAGCUCUUGCUCAAUGUCCCAAUCCAUGAUCGAUGUGAAGCUGUUGUCACCAUCGCCUACGAAGCUCAGGCUCGUCUUCAUGAUCCUGUUUAUGGCUGUGUCUCUCACAUUUUUGCCCUCCAACAACAGGUUGCUUACUUGCAAGCACAAGUUAUGCAAAUGAAGGCACAAAUCGCCGGCCAUCAGACGUCAGCUGCCGGAGAUCUAAGAAACAGCUCAGGAAAUACUCACGAAUUCACGACUUGGCAACAAUCUAGUGGCUCUCCGAUCUGCUGUGCGUACGCGACACCAUAUGACCAUCAUCAUCCUUACUACGGUCACGUAAACCCUAAUAAUCAGGUCUCGCCACAGAGCUCGCUAGAAGAAUCUUUAAGCAGCACGAGCAGUAACGUCACUACUACAGCUAACGUGCGAGAGUCUCAUCAGACCGGAGGUGGCGUAUACGGUCACGGUGGGUUAGGGUUUCACGAAGGAUAUCCUAACAAAAAGAGAUCAGUUAAUUAUUGUAAUAGCGAUUUAGGUGAGCUUCAGGCUUUGGCUCUUAGAAUGAUGAAGAAUUAAGAUAAGAUGGUGACUACUUAUGCGCAGAAAAAAAUGA